GAAUCUAGUUUCUAUAUACAAGGGACAUAUCGAAAGGUUUGCUUGCUUCAAACAAGUCGUGUGGAGUAUUUUAAAAGGAAGGGACGAGCAAUUCAACAACAUUUUUCGCUUUAUUAAAAUAAAAUUAUUUUCUUUAAAUUAAAUUAAAUCAAACAAAAACUUUCCAAAAAUGAGAGAUGGAACAGAAACAGCACACGUCGAAGAGGAAGGACACCCACCUCGUAUGAAUGACGUAGCAAAAAAGUUCAUUGCCGAUUGUAUUGCUGAAAAGGAGCGACUACCAGAAGAUUUUCCUAUUGCGGCUAUGCUAAUUGAUGAGGCUAUCGAUAGAGUUCACUCAACCGGUCGUGUUCCUGGCCGUGAAUUGCAUGCCGAUGUCUUUAAACAAAAAUUAACAAAAGUCACCCAAAAGGUUUUCGUUCCCACCAAACAAUUCCCAAACUUCAAUUUCCAAGGCAAAAUUCUUGGACCAAAAGGAAAUUCACUUCGAAAUCUGCAGAAGGAAACUUUAUGCAGAAUUCUGGUUAAAGGUCGCAACUCAAUGCGUAAUGCUGAAAAGGAAGAAGAAAUGCGUCAAUCAGGCGAUCCUCGACAUGCUCACUUACACAAAGAUUUGUAUGUUGAAAUUUCAACAGUCGCUACCCCCGCCGAAGCUCAUGCUCGUGUAGCGUAUGCUUUGGCAGAAAUUCGUAAAUAUCUUAUUCCCGAUAGUAAUGACGAAGUAAGUCAAAAUCAAAGGAGAGAAAUGUUAGCAGAUCCGGAAUUGUCAAAGAGAGCUCGAAAAUCUUACGCUGAUGAUGGAGGGGCACAUCAUGACCAAGCGGCUUUGAGUAUUUUGAAAAAAAUAAAUCUUUCAGCUCCGAAAGAUACUGGUAUGGAAUAUGAGGAAGCACCAUCAAGGUAUGUUCCACAAAGACCACCUAUGAAGAGAUCUCUACAAGAAACACCACCUUAUCUACGAAGAAAUGAAGAAGGAGGGACCGAAAGAGCAACCUACAGGGGUCCAAGUACAAGACCAGGAGGAAGUAUUCUGAAAAAAGUUACUGGAUUCGGAGGUCAGGUAUAUGAUGAAGAAGAGGUUGGGGAUGAAGAGCCGCCAUAUGAAGAAGAAGAAUCAAAUUACGAUCGUGAGCCAAUAGGAAAUAUGUCACAAAGACCAGGCCCCAAGAGAUUUUCCCAAACACCACAAUCUUCUAUGAAUAGAAGAUACGAAAACCCAAUAAAGCGUACACGAUAAGCUCCAAACGCAUUGCGUUAUAAUAAAGCAAAUCUAACUAA